AUGACUUCCCCAAACCCGGAGAUCAAGCUCAUCGAGUUAACCAAAGAUGAGCUUGCAACUCGACAAAUCGGAUCACACAACCUACAGAGCUGCUUAGAAGCCCUCCAUCAUGAUGGAAUAGUCGUCCUCAAGAACGCAGUCGAUCCAUCCCAUCUAGACAAGCUCAACGAGAAAAUGGUUGCCGAAGCCAAAAGUAUCUAUGAACGCACCGAGACUUACAGAAACUUCGGCAAGAAAACAGGCAACAUCCAGCAAGAGCCGGUCCGCUCAGCAGACUAUGUCUUCGAGGAUAUAAUCGCCAACCCCUUCGCCACAUCCGUGAUUGAAAGUAUGAUUGGCCCAUGUCCAACAAUGCGCUUCUACAGCGCCAACACGGCCUUCAAAGCAACAGAAAGACAGCCAGUGCAUAUUGACGUCGACUUUGAUAUGCCGCACAUGCCAUUUGCCUACUGUGUCAAUGUCAAUCUCGUCGAUACCUCUCCUGAGAAUGGCGCGACGGAGGUGUGGCUUGGUAGUCAUACUGACACGGAUCGAUAUAUGCUGGAUCAAACCACUGAGUAUAAGCAGAUUAGAUCUGAUUUGUUGGAGGAGCGCAGGCGCAUUAGCCCAGGUAUUCAGCCGGGGUUGCCAAAGGGUUCAUUGAUGAUUCGGGAUUUCAGGCUGUGGCAUGCUGGUAUGCCGAAUCGGACUGAUGAUCCUAGGGUGAUGCUUGUUUCUAUUCAGUUUGCGAGCUGGUAUCGAAGUGGGCUGAAGGUUGUCUUGCCACGGAGUUUGGAAGGGAAGGUUGACUGGGGCCGUGUGGUUCCUGCUGUAGAGUGGGUUGAUGAUGAUUAUGAUUAUUUUCAGGGGGUGCAGGAUCGCGACUUUUCGUUGUUGCCCUAG